AUGGGAGGACGGGAAGGAGAAACUAAAAGCGCGACCCCGGCCAUGCAUACGGGGCUGGCAGUUGCUCGCCCAUCUGGCGAGGUGCGGAGGGCCGUCGCUACAGGCCACGCUGGCUGUCGGCGUGGGGCUGGCAUUGCCCUCAGGCUUUUCAAGCGCGAAAGGCCGAGGCGACAAUGUGGGGUUCAUUUUUUUAUGCCGUGAACCGCCCUGAGGUCUGCGGGCGAAGGGCGGUAUACACAUGUAACUGAUAGCAAGGAAUAAGAAUAAACGAAAAACCUCCUGCCCACCCUCCUCGCGAGGCCCACCCGAGGGAGCAGCAUCCCCCGGCCCUCUCCCACUCCCCACUUUCCCUCAGGAGCGGCUCCAGCCCCGCUUGCUCCCUUCCCAACGCCCGGAAACGCCGCCGCCGCCACUUACCGGAAGAGAGGACGGCUCCUCACGCGGAGCGGAGGGAGCGGGAGGCGGGCCUAGCUGGGACCCGGCGGCGGAGGCAGCCCCAGCGCGACGACGUGCGGGGAAAGCUGCCGCUACUGCUGCCCCCCGGCCGCCCAGCGCACAAAGCCAUUACGUCAUCGCCGCGCGCCGCGCAGCUUCACCUUUCAACUCGGCGCGCCGGCUUCGGCCUCUCCUCCCUCUUCGCCGAGGGCGGGGGGAAGGAGGAGGAGGAGGAGAGUGGGGGGGCGGGGCGACUUCAGCUCUCAGCCAAUCGGGCUGACGUUGGCGGCGGCUCCCGCCAAUGGGUGCCGAGCAGCGAUGACGCGGGGGGAGGGCGCUCGCGACUGCAAGGAACGGUUUCCUGUUCCCUCAGGAGGAGGAGGAGGAGGAAGGUUGGCGGCCUGAGGGGAGUUUGUUGUGGCGGGUGGCGAGCGAGGCCGGGAGUGGGAAGAGCGGCGCCGGCGGAGCAGGGAAGGAAGGGCCCGGUCUCGCUCUGCCCUGCUCGGUGCGCGAAGCGGAGGAUGAAUUGGCUCUUCCCGCUUUCCAAAGCCGGCAGCGGUGGCGGGGCCGCCGCCUCCUCGUCGCCCUCGCCCUCGUCGGCCGGUGGAACCGCGCUGCCGCCGACUCUCACCAGCCUCCAGCAGCAGAAGCAGCGGCAGAUCGAGUCCCUGCGGAGCGCCCACGCCGCGUGAGUGACGCGCUGCCUGGGGGGGGGGGGGAUGGGGUGUCAGAGAGAGAGAGAAGGGGGGGGGGGAGAGAAACAAAUUGGCCAGUUUAUUUCCCAGCCCCUUUCUCAGAACUGGAGUUACAAACUUCGGCUGUGGGUAGAGAGCCGGAUGUUUAUCCGGCUGACAAUGUUUACAGGGAAUGCCUGUCGGAUAAGGAUCUAGACCGCAACGCGACGGUUAGUAAUUAUUAUUGCUCUGAAUCGAUAGAGGAGCUUAUUCCAGCUUCUCCGUACAGUUGAGAGAUCAGGUGGUUUUGUUGUUGUUGAAACGCGAGCGAAAGAGUGUUUAGUCCGAAGGUGGUGGGUGACUGACGGCUCCGUAAGACCGUGAAGCGAAAUCCGGAGGAGAGAGCCAAAGUUGUGAAAAGACAAGCAAAGGUGCGAUAGUGGGUGCGGCGCUGAUGGAGGGGAAGCUAAUACUCGCCGCAGUCCUGAAUAUAAAAAUAAAUGGCUUAGUCAUUACAGUGGUACCUCGGGUUAAGUACUUAAUUCGUUCCGGAGGUCCGUUCUUAACCUGAAGCACCACUUUAGCUAAUGGGGCCUCCUGCUGCUGCCGCGCCGCCGGAGCACGAUUUCUGUUCUCAUCCUGAAGCAAAGUUCUUAACCCGAGGUACUAUUUCUGGGUUAGCGGAAUCUGUAACCUGAAGCGUAUGUAACCCGAGGUACCACUGUAUUGCACAUGCAACCCAGAGAGAGAAGAGUACGUAGUGGCGUCUGUGGCAACCAAAUUUGCUGGCAGGCUGUGUUUGGGAAUGAGGUCAAGAGAGGAGAUCCUGGCCCACCAAUCCUAAUUAACUAUUGUAAAAGGUAAAGGGACCACUGACCAUUAGGUCCAGUCGUGGCCGACUCUGGGGUUGCGGCACUCAUCUCGCUUUAUUGGCCGAGGGAGCCAGCAUACAGCUUCUGGGUCAUGUGGCCAGCAUGACUAAGCCGCUUCUGGCGAACCAGAGCAGCACACGGAAACGCCGUUUACCUUCCCGCCAGAGCAGUACCUAUUUAUCUACUUGCACUUUGACAUGCUUUCAAACUGCUAGGUUGGCAGGAGCAGGGACCGAGCAACGGGAGCUCACCCCAUCGCGGGGAUUCGAACCGCCGACCUUCUGAUCAACAAGCCCAAGGCUCUGUGAUUUAACCCACAGCGCCACCCACGUCCCUUUAAUUAACUAUUGUACAGGGGUGUAAAGUGCUCCAGAUAGCUUUCUGGUACCAAACGAAAAAAGCUGGAGGCACCAGACUUCCUUCAAAGCCCAUUCCACAUAGGAGCUCAAGUUUCAAUCAUUUUCCUGCAUUGCCUUGGUUUGGACUACAUGUUCCCUGGGUCCCUUACAGCUGUAAGGUUCUAUGAAUUACCCUAAGAUAGAUUUUAGCUUAACUCUCCCAUUAAAAUCAUUUGAACUUCAAAAUGUUUAACUUUCCGGUAUCAUUAAAAGCUUGAUGAUUUUCAUUGUUCCUGUGGCCCUUGGUAAAUACCUACAUUUCUUUUAACAGUAUAGCUGAAAUACAAAAAGAUGUGGAGUAUCGAUUGCCAUUUACUGUAAACAACCUGACAAUAAAUAUUAACAUGUAAGUACUGUGUGAUCUGCUUAUAUGUCACUUUAAAUGUUUAAGCUGUGCUUAGCAAUUUGGGAAAACAAUCCUCUAUUAAAGAUUGGUCAGAUUUGCACACCUUGGGGCUGAGAUGAGCAAAAACACAAUUGGCCUGUUGUUUUAUUUAGCAACCCAGGACCUGAAAGCACUUUUUAAUCAUAGUUCAUUUAAAUUCAUUUUAUUGGUUUUGCAGAACUGUAGUAAAAGGUAAAGGGACCCCUGACCAUUAGGUCCACUCGUGGCCGACUCUGGGGUUGUGGCACUCAUCUCGCUUUAUUGGCCAAGGGAGCCAGCGUACAGCUUCCAGGUCAUGUGGCCAGCAUGACUAAGCUGCUUCUGGCGAACCAGAGCAGCGCACGGAAACACCGUUUACCUUCCCGCCGGAGCAGUACCUAUUUAUCUACUUGCACUUUGACGUGCUUUCAAACUGCUAGGUUGGCAGGAGCAGGGACCGAGCAACGGGAGCUCACCCCGUUGCGGGGAUUCGAACCACCGACCUUCUGAUCGGCAAGUCCUAUGCUCUGUGGUUUAACCCACAGCGCCACCCGCGUCGCUUUUCAGAACUGUAGUAGUUAAGUGCAAAGUAAAGGUUUACACUCUGCUCCUCUUGCAUGUGAGGAUAAAAGAGUGUGUGCAAGCCUGAAGAGCUCACCACAGCUCAUGCAUAUUCACCUUAAAGAACAAGACAGUUGGCCAAGUGUACCUGUACCAUUCAUUCUGCUUGCACACAGGGGAGCAAUGAGCUUGGGACUGAUUGCGUGUAUACAGUGACCUUUUUGAUAGUUUGCUGAUUUGUGGACAGAGGAUGAAGACCUUUGACUAGCUUGCUUUGGCCUAUGGACUGUGGUUUUUUUGUAUUUGUUGAAAUUAACAUUUGUUAUAAUUUUAGUAUAAUUUAAAUGAUAAAUGUUACUAUUGUCCGUAGAGUAGUAAGAGUAGUAAUUAUAAGGAAGGAAAUUGCCUUCAUUGCCAAUGCAAACCGUAUGAUAUGAAGAGUAUUCAAAUAGAGAUUUUUUUAAAAAACAAACAAACCCAGAUAUCUUAUUUACAUGAAAGUGAUGGUAAUAUAUUUUGGUGUUCACAGAUUGCUUCCUCCUCAGUUUCCUCAGGAAAAACCAGUCAUCAGUGUUUUCCCUCCAAUACGGCAUCAUUUAAUGGACAAACAAGGAGUGUAUGUGGCCUGCCCAUUAAUAAGCAAUGUAUGUACAAUUGUAUCAUUUUCUUUGAAAAUUUAAGGGACUCGAUGGCCCUUGUGGUCUCUUCCAACUCUAUGAUUCAAAUAAACUGUACAUGUCUUUUCCAGGAUACAUAGGUGGCAGCAAUUAUAUUCUAUUGCAAAAAAAGUUUUCAAAGAAAUGCACUUACUGAAAUAUUAAAGUAUGUGCUCUAUGUAGAAAAAGAAAGAUUUUUUUUAUGAUUAGGUUUUGAACUAGAAGCCAUAGCAUUUUAGAUGUUUUUCCAGAGUUUAUUUCAGGGUGUGUGUGUUUUUUAAAAAAUCCCGUAUAUGUAUUCUGCAGAGCUCAUGAUCCAUUAUUUCAAUACCUAGCACCUCAGUUUGUAUUUAAUCAUGGAAACAAUUCAGCUCCUGUGCAGAUUGAGGCCUCUGUAUUGACAGCCCCUGGGGCCAGAUAAUGCGUAACAGUGGCACCUGUAUCGACCUCCUGGUGUCAGUGUAAAUGACUUGCCUUGUAUAUCAUGCUUUAAUUCUGCAAAUUAAAUACAGCGUUUUAAUCUCUUAACAGUUCACAAUGCACUCAGACCUUGGAAAAAUAGUUCAAAGUGUACUUGAUGAAUUUUGGAAGAAUCCUCCAGUUUUGGCUCCCAGCUCAACAUCAUUUCCAUAGUAAGUGUAAACAGAGAAAAUAAGGGUGAUAAUUGCAAACAAGCUGGAUACAUAAUUUAGUAGUGUUCUUAAAGCUUCCCUUACACUUGAGUUGAUAAGCUAUGGGCCCAAUUUGGAUAUCACGGCCAAACAAUUGUAUCUCCUCUAUCCACCCUGCACAUUUUGUUACUGUUCCUCCCUCACCGGUUCAUAAUAAGUAUAAUUUGCAGUAAUAGCCAAACUGGACAAACUGCCAGAAACAUGUUUUGCCUCCAGGCUAGAAUUGGAAACCACAGUUUGACUACUUUGGGUGUCACAGCAAACUAUAACUAUUUUUAUUUAAGAUAAAACGGUUAGUUCUGGAUCUGUCUCAACUUAGAAAUAUGCUUAGGAAUGCUUGUAAAGGAUACAGAUCAAUUAUAGCAUGAGUAGCUAUCCUGUGACACAGGUGCAACACAUGGCAACAAUGGGCAGGAGUUCAUGAGAGUAGGAUGGUCCAUUGCCGUAGCUACUGUAUAGAGCAUGGCUUAUCUGUGACCUCCCAGAUGCUGUUUGGCUUUUGCUCCCAUAAGCUCAAGUUAGCAUGGCCAUUGUUCAGUGAUGGUGGAAGAUGUACUCCAACAACAUCUGGAGGACCAUAGGUUAGCCACUCUGGUAAAGAGCCAGGCCUACCCCAUCUACCACCUCCAGAACUUUCUGACUCGGCAGAGUCGAAGUUCAAAUAACAGUGAUAGAGUGCACUAGAGUGAUGCUGUGUCAUACUUGCCUUGUGUCUUGUGCCAAGAAGAUUGACUAACUUUGAAUUAAUGUUUCAUAACAACAACAAAAAUCUCUAUAAAGGAUUUCGUUAAUGUUUUACAUUAAAUAACUGUCACCACUUUCACAUACCCAGAGGGGCUUCGAGGUUGCGUUUCUCUAACAGCAAGCCUCCUCUCUCGGUGCUGCAUUGCAAAUCUGUUAUGAAAUGAGGGGGCUUUGAAAGGUAAUCUGUAAUAUGGCUGGGGGGGGGCAUGUCUGCUUUUCUACAGUAGGGCGGGGAGCUAAAAAAAAAUGCCACCCCGUAGGCACAAAGCAGUUGGGCAUGCCUAAAGUCAUUGAUUCAAUCUAAGUCUUGGUGUGCCAACAGCUAACUGCUUGGGCCAAAAUGCAUUGACAGCUGGGCCACUUGAUUUCCUAGAAGGUGUUACACUGGCAUUGUUGGUAGACACCUUGGUACAGAUGAACGGGUUAUUAGAGUGAAUCAUUGUGACGUAUUUGACAAGAUACUUUCCUUAUACUUCAGCAAUCCUUUCCUUUGAGUUAGUAGUGAAAACACUCCAGAAACUGUAGCUGGUGGUAAACUGUUUCCCUCCUUUUUUCCGUAGCCUUUACAACAAACCAGCUGGAAUUCCUCCCUACGCUCAGAACUUUCCGUUUCUUUCUCCAUACCUACCACAAGAAACAAAUAGGUCUAUAACAUCUGUGCCACUUGCAGAAUCACUUUCUUCUGGCUACGCUGCAGACAGACCUGCGGCUCCUUCCUUUGGCAUGAUAUCAGAUCUGCCAUUACCUGUUCCAACAGCAGAAACCAUAUCACAGGUGUGUAUGUCUGGUGAUAGCUAUAAUUCAAACUUUUUAUGCGCCUGCUAAUCCCAACCACAGAUCAUAUAAAAGGAUUUGGGGCGUUUGAGCAGAAAUAUAACUUAAAGUGCUUUAUGAUGUUGAUAGAUUGCUUGAUCUAGUCACUCUAUAAAGAUUUCACUGAAAAAGAUUCAGGGACAGAAAAGGCUGCCAUAUGUCCAGAUUGACUCCAUGCAUAAAAUAGCCCCCAACUCCAAUUGUAUUGCCCACGUAAACCAGACAACAAUAUAGUGCUCCACCUAUAUAAGAGCAAGAGAAACAUUUUGUCCUCAUGCUAGAGGUUUCUCAAACUGUUACUCCAUAUAACUCAAACAAGUGUAUUUCACACCUCCCAAAUGUGAGCCCCAGAGUCACCAGCCAGUUAAGAUUAUAUCAGAAAGUUGUAUCCAACAUUAGUAUAUACUGAGAAGGCCCACUAAAAUUAAUGAAUGUAAUAUUAAGGGGCAUAAGUAACAUUAAUUUUAGUGGCUGUGCUCUGAGUAGAGCUUAGUCGGAUACAACCCAGUAUCUCAUUCCUCACUCCAGUGUUGCUGUCUUAAGAUGUACAAUCCAAAGAACUAUGGGUGGAAGUCAUGUAAGAAGUCAGAAUUGCUGUUUCAUAGUUGAUUGGGGGUCAGGACAGAACAGCCAGAGGGAGGAUUGCGAUGUUGGAAGAACGCAAUGGAGUUCUUCCCAAUGAUCUGAAAAACAAUAUUUUUAUCAAUUGAGCAUAUGCUCAGUCUGAUUAUCCUUCAACCUACAUAUUGUAAAAAGAAUGUUUUUAAAAAAAUAUAAAACACAUCUUCCUACAUCUUAUCUCUAACUUGUGUGGUAUAAGUUCAUAGAGUGCUCCCGAGUACAAAAUCUGUGUCAUAGAGGCUUAGAUAGAUUUUUGUUGUUGCUUCAUUAUUAGAGUUUGUGUCCAAUGGAUUAUUCUAUACUGGUGAAUUAGACUGAGUCUUCUUUUCAUAUUAUAGUCAUACAGGAAAUAAUUUUCUGUUGCUUUACAAAUCUGCUAGUCAUGAUCUAUUUUCAGGGGGGAAAUACCAUUCAUUGUCAUACCUUCUUGAUAAACUUUUCAGGGGAGCCCGAAUGGAUUCAGUUACAAAAUGCCUGAUGUACCUGAUGCAUUUCCAGAACUAUUGGAACUUAGGUAAAAAUAUUUAUAUCAUUAGAAAUGUAUUAUUGUUCAUGUGCAAACCAGCUCCACUCAUAGCUAGAUCUGCACCUAAAAAACUGCCUUUGGAGAAACUAAAAGCAGUUCUUUCAUGUUCUUAGAAAAACUUGAAAUUCUUAGAAAACCUCAAGCGAAGUACUUCCAAUUGUGAAACACUGGCACGUGAAAAUGAUCCAUCAGUGGCUAUAAUCAGAUUAGUUGUACAGUGAUUCCCCCAGAACACAGGAUAUUGCAACAAGUGGGUUGAAGAGGUUUCUGCAGGCUGAAAAGAAUAGGAGCACUCUGUCGUCCAUCUCAGUGGAGCCAAAACGCUUCUUAGUAGCACAAGCAGUUAGCUCAAGGUCAUGUUCUCUCAGAAGUGUUCCUAUCCUGGAGGAAAACAAAAUAUUCUAGUCAUCUUCACCUGGGUGUUUCAGCUGAAAAAAUUGCAGCACCAGGUUCAUAAAAUGAAAUUGCAUGCAACGUAUCUUCAGUAAGGUGAGGAAUGAGAGGUUUAGGACUUAGAACCUAAGAGGUACUUGAGGCUUAGAUUCCACUUCUUGGAUAAAAAUGUUUAGGUGAUCUUAAACGUGGGUGUGUUUCUCUUGAAAUGCAGCAUAUCACAGCUGACAGACAUGAAUGAGCAAGAAGAUGUCCUGCUGGAACAAUUUGUUAGUCUGCCCCAGUUGAAGCAAGUCAUUAACGACAAGGAUGAUUUAGUGAAAAGUAUUGAAGAGCUGGCAAGUAAGACUUCAGAAUACUUGUAAUUUAAAGAGUAACGUGAGAGUAAAUGGUAACCUUCUAAAAUUGAACAGUGGGUUUACUUUGCAGAAAAAAACCUCUUAUUGGAACCAAGUUUGGAGACGAAAAGACAAGCAGUGUUGGAUAAAGUAAGUGAAGGGGAAUUAUUUCUGGAGCUUGGAAAGAAAAUAUUUGAGUUUGAUUGUCAAGACAUUCUUUUCUUGUAGUAUGAACAGCUUACUCAGUUGAAGGCUACAUUUGAAAAGAAGAUGCAACGGCAGCAUGAACUGGGUGAGGUAAGCUGUGUCCCUCUUGCAUAUCAAAAGGGAGUGCUUUUUCCCAGUGCGUAGUUAACGUACGGAUUUCACUAUCACAGGAUGUAGUGAUAGCUUCUAGCUUAGCUCUGUUCCAGGCCUCUUUCACAUUUAUAUCCGAAGGUGGAGCUCAAAGAAACAUAAGUAGGUAUUGCUCCAUUUUAUCUUCACAGGAACCCUAUAAAGUAGGUUAAAGAUUGGAAGGUUGCGCCUGAUCCCGUGAUCUUCCAUGCAUUACAAUGAGGUGGGAGAGUCGUGAGAUAGUAGGCUGUACUAUUUCAGUUUAGGUAAAUGUUCCCCUAAGGCUGCAAUCCAGACCUCCAAUCUGCCGAAUAGGGCAGGGGACCUAGACUGCCAUAAUGUGGAGCUGGGUUUUGCCUGCUCUGGCCUUGUACCCUGGCCUGCAAAAGCAGCAGAGCUAUAAAUGCAGCGGUGGCUAUGUCGCAUCCGUCUUGCCCAUCUGCUAUCUAGCCUGGGUUAGGAUUGGUCUGUAAGACCCACCAAUUAAGGGGAAUAAACUGUUACAGCAGAGACUGCUAUAAUUUAGGUAGGAGUCGUGGUCUAGCAACAUCUUGAGAAACCACAGGUCUACAGUGUUCAAAACUCUGAUUGUUCUAGGCGCAUUUUGCGACCGGGAAUUUCAUUAGUGUGAGCUGUUUCCCAACUCUGGGCGCAGUACUGCGCCUAGGAUUUCAGAUUAAAACAGCAGAGUAGAAGAAAAGGAGGACCUUUUUUUACCUCCCCACUUCCAGCUGCUCUCUGAAGACGGGAGAAGAGACCCUCUUAAAAAUAUUAGGGAGGUGGGCAGGGGAAGGACUAGACCAUGUGAAAAAUGAACAUCAUAUUUUAGCUGCAGUUCAUUAAUUUUCAGUUUGUAUUCUUGUUAUAAAAAAGCAUGCCUAGACAUUCCAUUGUUGGCUUAAGGUGCCAUUUAGCUCUUAGUGUUCAUAUCUGUUUCUAACAAUGGUCUCCUACCUCUGACCAGCUUACAUUUCUUUCUGGGAAUCAUAAUGACUGCAUGUAGUUUUUGACCUGUAUAAACAAAAAAGCUAAUAGUUCAGUUUUUCCUUAAUAUUUCUAAAUUAGAACUAAGUAUAGUCAUACUUAUUAGAUUUAUAUGUCUUCAGGCCCUUCACAAAACCUUUUCCCCCCUAGAGUGGCUUUGCAGUAUUAAAGCAGAAUACAGUCAGAACAAUCAAUUUACCAACAAUACAUCACCACUUAUUUCAUUUUGCAAUCGGAAUCUUUUUGUCACCCAGCAUUUUCCAAUUUUGCUUAGAGUUGUAGUGCAAGUGCUCUGCAGGCAAGACUGAAAGUAGCAGCUCACGAAGCUGAGGAAGAGUCUGACACUAUUGCAGAAGACUUUCUGGAAGGGAAAACGGAAAUAGAUGACUUUCUUAGUAGCUUCAUGGAGAAGAGAACAGUAUGUGAAAUUCCCUUACAUUUUAAAACGAAUUAUGUUUUGCAUAACUUAAAUCUUAAAAAUAGAAUGAAAAUGUCCAGCAGAAAAGCUGUUAUGGGAUAGAAAAUGAUUCUCUUCAGCAGUUUUGAAAAAUAGGCUUUUUGUUCUUUUUUGAAUUGUAUAGUAGAACUGUGUUGCUAUCUUGGGUAGAGAGAUUAUCCUCGAGCCUUCCUGCAUUUCACCACAAGCUCUUGUCCAAGUAGCUCACCAAUUUGUGGCAUAAUCUUUGCGACAUCCUCAGUACUUUUAAUGCUCAGUGUGGUGUACUAUGCAAGGCUGUGCUUAGAUUUGCUAAAUAUCCUCAAAUAAAUUGUUUUAAAUAUUGGAAUGCAAAAAAGGACAGCUAAUUUCUAAAGCCCGCUUUCUAAAGCAAUCACUACAGGAAGAUACAAUACUCAGAAGCAAGCCUCCAUGACUCCAGAGAGACUUAAUGGACUUACUCCCAGGUAAAUGGGUUUAGGAUGGCAGCCUAAAUUACAUAUAAUUCACACCAUGAAACAGCAAUUGAAAAUAUAUAUAUCAAGUUCCAUUAGCACAAAAAUUACUGCCUGUGCUGUUAGUGCAACAGGACUUCCUCUCCCUCUCUUCUCCUGCUCCCCAAAUCUGUUCUGGUAUUCCCCCAAUACUCCAGAGGAAAUGGGGGGGCAUGCAUGGGAGAGAGAAGAAGUAGAGGAAGUCUGUUCGCACAGGCACAAAUUCUUGGGCUAAUGGGGUGUGAUUCCACCAAAAUUAAGCAUCUUUAGUUUGUUGAUUCGUGGAAAAGAACUAAAUUAUCCCACCGAAGUCAAUGAGAUUUAAAAGUUCUGUAGAAAUUGCUUACAUUUGCCAAUAAUGGCAAAUAUUACUUGGUGGUUAGAGGCUUCUAUGGUUGAAGAAUGUACAGCUUUUAUUUUUGUUCCAUAUCAAUCAGGGAAACUGUAAGUCAUGUGCAGCUAAUAAAAGUAGUACUCCAAAAUAUGUCCCAUACUUGAAGCCAAAAGCCAGCUAGUGGAAUGUGGUUUGUUUUCCUGUUGAUUUUCACAGUAAAAUGAUCAAAUGCAAUGUGACUGGUUAGCAAAUUAUGCUCCAAGAUAAAAAAAUGUGAGUUGAUUCAUGUCAUGUGGCCCAUAAACCUUAAAAAAGCAUGCUAUACAGAGCAUGUGGCUAUAGAUGAAUGCUCACUUGUGUUUCUCUUUUAGGUUUGCCACUGUAGAAGAGCCAAAGAAGAAAAGCUUCAACAGGCAAUAGCAAUGCGCAUUCAGUUUCAUGCUCCGUUAUAGGUAUGUUCACACAAUAUUCAGACUUGAGUUGCCUUUUCUUUUUAAAUGUUACUUAUACUUUUCAGAUUCAUACAUUCCGCUGAUGUUACAGUCAUUGACAUUUCAAAACUUGACUUCCUUCCCCCCUCUUUCUGCGGUUCCUUAAAUGUAUUUUUACUAUCCUAUGCAUAUCCUAAUUAAGUUAAUUUGCUCAUUUAUUCAUCUAAAUAUAUACUCUUAUGAAACUGCAGGUUAUUACAAUAAUCCUGCCAAUGUUUUUAUCUCUUUACAAUUUAUCUGUAAAUAUCCAAUAAACCGUUUCCAUUAUUUUGUAAAAAGUUUGUUAUCUUGAUUUCUUGGUUCUUCCAGUAAGUUUAGCCAUUUCUGCAUAUUCCAUAGGUUUUUGUAUCCAUUCUUCCUUUGCUGGGACUUCUGCUUCUUUCCAUUUUGGGGCAAGUAACAUUCUUGCCACUGUAGUCGCAUACAUGAAUAUGUUUCUAUGCAGUUUAGGUAGCUCUGUCCCUGUAAUUCCCAAGAGAAGCUCACUUUUCUGCCAUCCUCACUUCUUUUCUGGGUCUUAAGCUUGUCUUGAAUUAAGCUAAUGAAAUGUUCAAAUUCCAGGAAUUCCCAGUAUAGCUGAAUGGAGUUUUGCAUUCCAUGGCUGUUUGAUUCCAGCUUUUCUUUUUUCUUUUCUUAUGAUAUAAUGCAGGAGGCGAUAGGAAGCUUUCUACCCUGGAUUAAUUAGAAGCCCACCUUUGCGAAGCUAUGUUUGUGUACAGUGAGAAAUCUGACUGACUGUAGUUAUGUUUGUGUUCACAGGUUUUCCAGCUAAAUAGAAUUUCUGAGGCGAGUGAAUGAAUCCAGCAAAGCACAUUUUCAUAUAGCUGUUAUUUUGCAAAUAAGCAUUUCAUCACCGUUGUUGCGUUUAUAGAAGAGACUGUAUACAGAACUGGGAUGAUGAUGGUGAUUAUUAUUUUGGGACAAAUUAGGAAGUCUUUCUAUUCUCAUUUCAUCCGAGAAAUCCUCCUAUUGCAGUGUUUGCACUAAAUAUUUCUUGUCAUUAUUAUUGAUAAUCCUUAUCAUAUUUAAGUUCCUACUUCUCUCUCCACCUACUUUAUAGAUUAAAUAUUUAAACAUGUAAUUUUGACUAGAUUUUUAAAUUUUAUACAACAUAAUUCAUAACUUUUGUAUUAAACAUUUGCUGUUUUGGGGUGGGGCAGGGGAUGUAGAAAUGUUGGUUACUUAAAAGUAAGUUGCAAAGUGUGUGAAGCAAAACUCGUAUGUUAAGUCCUCUUUAAAAAAAAAUUCUGUUUCUUGAAAUCCAGUUUUCAACCAUUUUUAUGUUGAAAGCAGCACACUACAUUGCUAUUGAAAUUAAGUGGUGGUGGCAGGUAAAAGGCUAGGAGACUUGAAAAUGGCCUUGCACCCUAUUGAGGAGAUGCACACAGUUAGCUGCUUGUGGGAUCAGGUCUUCAUUCUAGAGGAAGAGUCAUUUCCCAGCUUCUAGCACCACAUGAGAAGGGCAAGAGUAUGGGUAGAUCUUUCAGCUGCUCUAUUUUUGCCCUUGGAUGUGUGGAAAUCGCUGAAGGGAUUUUAUCCUGCAUAUAUAAUACAAACACAUACCAAGGUUUGGAGAGAAGGUUGGGUAGACCAGCGCUGUGGCCUACCUGAGUGAGGAAUCAAUUCAAGCAGGAAGUAGAAUCAUCUGAAAGAAUAGAGCCCAAGCUUUCUUUGGAGCUAAAAUUCAAGAUACAGUGAUUCACCAAAACCAAAGAAUUUUGUUGUCAUAUAGAAACAUGUUAGAUUAUUUGUUUACCUCAUGGUGCUGUAGCUCUUGCAAGGAACUCAAACUACUUCACCGACCUUACAUUCUUUAACCCUAUUUUUUUCCUACACAAUUACAAAAAAAUGGUAAUUUAACAGAUAAUUCCAAGUGUAUAUAUCUCUUGUUCUCCCCCCUCGCCGGUGUCACUCAACUUUGUUAAAAGAAGUUAAACUUCCUUUUCUUGGGUGGCUGCAAGGACUUUUUCAAAAAGUUUCUGGUACUGAUAUUUGCAUCUAUAAACCAGCACUUCAGAUCUCACAAGUGAAAAACAGCUGUAGAGUUCAGCGUUACAAUACCUUAACGGGCUCUUCCUGGCAUCAUUGAGUCUUGAACUGAAAAUAAAACAAGCUUGGUGGAAAAACAUACUAUUGCUACAUUUGUCAUUUAGACGACAUUACCAACUUGCUUGCUUGCUUGCCCUCUGAAGCUUGGUUCCUUUUCCUUAAAACAUGCCCUUUGGGGCAUAAGAUUUUAGGGGCAUUUUGAAAGAAACCAGCUUUGGGUAAUAUUGAACUAAGCUAUAGAGUCUCCACCCCCAUCAUUCAGCCCGGAUACAGAGGUCCAGCUCCGAGGGCUUACUGGUGGUUCCCUCCCUGCGAGAAGUGAGGUUACAGGGAAUCAGGCAGAGGGCCUUCUCGGUAGUGGCACCCGCCCUGUGGAACGCCUCCCAUCAGAUGUCAAGGAGAUAAACAACUACCUGACUUUUAGAAGACAUCUGAAGGCAGCCCUGUUUAGGGACGUUUUUAAUGUUUGAUGUUUGAAAUAUUCUGUUGGGAACUGCCCAGAGUGGCUGGGGAAACCCUACCAGAUGGGUGGGGUAUAAAUAAUAAAUAAUUAUUAUUAUUGAAAUUAACAGAUUAAGUUUUAUUACCUUUUAUUUACUGUGGUAUAUACAUAUACCAUUGGGGCUAUUGCGAAACGAUGGGUGUAUCAGCAUGCUGAAGGGAGCACUGAGGUUUGCAGGGAGAGCAGGAAGACAGAAAGCAACUUUAUCUGCAAAGUAGGUCAAUGAGGACUGAGUAGCCAUGAAAUGCUGUUUAUGGUAGAAGUGAAAUUGAGAGGAAAGCACUAUAUGGAAGGAAUGGCUCUCUGAAAGCCAGAAUAGGAGCAUUUUUGUUAGGAGGAAAGGUAUGCUGUAACAUCCUGUGUGUCCCAUCAGUUGUACACUUCUUUAAAUCUGAAAUUAUAUUUAUCUUGGAAUAUAUCAGUCGUUUUUGGUUUCCUCCUGGUCAAUGGUGGACAUAUCAAUUAAAAUCAGUCUCUAAUAUUAUUUAGCAGAACCAUGCCAUGCCAUACCUAAGCUUUGGUUCUCCUUUAAACUUAACAGCAUGUAGAGAUGGAGCUUGAAUUGGCACUUAAAUAGCUUUACAGCUAAGAGUAGAGAGUUUGGACAUAAAGCAUGCAGGUAAGACAAAAUUUGCAUGCUGCCUAUUAAUAGUCCAAAAGUUCUUAGCAGUUUGUCCAGGGUGCAAAAACAGAUUAUAGACCCACCUCAAAUUUUACAUUUCUCAGGAUGCAUUAGGGUUUUAAAAUUAUAUCUCUGCACCCCAACAGUGAGUCAUUUGAGCACACGACAGUGGAAUAGUCAACCCCUUCGAUCCACCCAUUGGGGGGAGUUUAGUUCAAAAAGGUUUUAAGUCCACUGAACAAGUACGGAGGAGUGGGGCUAGAUUCCCCCUUACUUAAGCAGCUGGUGGCAGGGUUAAGUGUCUUGAAAGAGUUGAGCAGUGCACGCCUCUGGAUUGCGGAUUCAAAGAAAUUGAUGAAAGCACAAACAUUUUUUCUAAAAGAAUAUCUUGAAUUUUCCAAAAUUAUAAUAAUCCUAAAUAUAAACAAUAGAGUGUAAUAAUUGUGCGUCCUUAUGUAUUUAUUAUUUAAAUAACCUUCAUUCAGGUAGUAUAAUGCAGCAUUAAGACGAUACAAAAACAAAACAAGCCAUAAGGUCUUAAAUCAAGAGUUCAGGGAUCCCAAGCAAAACCACCAGGAGUUGAGCGGCAAAACUGGACAUUAAAAUAUGCUGCACAAAUUUUACUAAGUGUUUUUCAUAUUUCAAACUCCUAUAUUUCUAGAAAUACAGACAAGAUGAUAUAGUAUACAGUGUUACACUUGUUUUAAGUUCAAUUCCCAGAUUUCACCUUCCCACCAUCCGUAUUUCAUAUGUGAUUCCACAAACAUGGCGGCUUCCAUGCUUUCCAAGUUUUGAAAGAAACCAUUCUUCAUUCCUAUCCAGAAAAAUCGUUAAGAAUGUACAUCAGGUAUUCUUACGCAUAUGUUUUAGAAAGAUGUACGAUUCUAAAGUGUGGAGCUGAUUUCAAAACAUGGAAUGUUUAAAACCAAUGUGAGUCAUCUUUCAAGUUUCUGAAUGUUGCUAGAUGUGUUGCAUCCCUACCAGGUUUUUAUCACUGAAGGCUGGGGCUAUGAGUUUUGGGGACAGUGUUUGCUCCCAAAAUUAUGUCCCUUGUCCUACCCACUCCCCGCCCACUCCAGGAGUGAGCUACAGCCAUUACAUUUACAUAAGAAAAAGUGGCAGGAAUCUACUCAGGGUCCGUGACUGCUGGGUUUUCUGCUACUAGUAACCAAAAUCGCUUAGUUUAACCAAACCCAACUAAUCUGGAUUAUUGCAGUCCAUUUACCUUAUUGCAGCUCCAUAUACCUUAAUAGGAAGUAUUUUGAAUCAAGCCCCCUCCUGUUUGCAUUGUCACACCCUCUUUGCCUGCAUGACCACACCUUGAGUUCCUUUCCUGUUUUGUCGCUAGACUAAAACCAGGGUUUGACUGUUGUACGUACACAUGAUAGCUAAUCCAAUAUAAACUCUUGUUUCUGUAACAUAAUCAGGAACAAAAUGUGGUUUGCGGGACAUGCACAGGAAGGACGUCUUGUUGCACAGGCAGAGUUCAACUUGCGGAGCAUUGAAUACAGCCCAGUAUCUUCCAAACUAGAAGUCAAAGAUAGGCCUCAAGUACAGGGGUCCCAUUAAGCAGCAAUCAUCUUCAAAUCCCCCCACCCCCAAAAUGAUAUAAAAGCAGAGCUCUCAGAGACAGAAGUCUAGCAAAAUACAUCAAUCCCCAUAAACAGCCUCUCUGCAUUUACCUGGAUUCACAUCCCUUGUUGUCUCAGUGCUACAAACCCAACCAGAAUGGACAGGGCAUCUUUUAUUAUGCAUGGGCAUGUGACUUUGCAUCCUUGAUCGUGAAGCUGUUGUUACACAUGGCUAUACCUGGAACUAAAACUGGAUCAGGGUCACGGUAUUUAAGGAAACGUCUCCCUUAGAGGAAAGCAAAGAGAAGGCCCUUUGUUGAUUUGAGAUACAACUUCAUCUUUGUUUUCUUCCUCUCCUGCAAAACGAAGGGGCAGGAAAGAUUGGGGCUUCUGGGCCUGCUUGGCACAAGCUUGUGGUCCUCAGGGUUUGUGGUCCUCAGCAGUACAGCCUUGCUUCAGUACUCCCCAUCUGUAACACAGGGAAAUAAGUGCUUUCUAAAUACUUGGUCCUUUUAAGAAUCUGCAGCAAGUGACUGGUAUGCUGUCUGUGCCUAGACUCGUCUUCUCAUCACCUGCACAGGUUGGAGCUGGUGGCAGUUGUAAUCCAAAUUAUCUGGAGGGCACCAGUUUGAGGAAGGCUGGAAUAAAUCCAGGAACAUGGGAAUGAUUUUUUUUACUAUUUUAACUAUAACUUUCUGAACGGAUGGAGUAAUGCUCUUCAAGAAGUUUUGUUCAGCUGUAUCCAUAAAGUGCAAGCUGUUAUUUUCCAGGAAUGGUGAGGGCAGGUCUUUGUUUUGUUUUGGCAUGGCUUGCAUCAACAUGUUUUCUCGAAGCUUCUUUGGAACGGUACUGCUGUCGACCAACUAAACACUAACCUAGAAUUCUAAGUUAAAUAGAAAUUGUCCGUUCUGUAUGGCUCUGUCAGUUAUUAAAGGAAGAUGAAGCAAGCCCAUAAAUACAUGACGGUUCUUAAAUAGGAGAAGCUAAAUAUAAGAGGUUAUUUUUCCAGUUAAGAUUCUAGCUUACAACUAUGUUACAUCUGGACCUUAAGUGCACAACUCUAUUUCUUUGGACUUUUCUCUCUUUCAACAUGCAGUCAUUUGUCACCUACUGGCUGGCUGUCGUUUCAGACAGUAAGACAAACAGCUUCGUCCGAAUCGCGGUCUUUGGUGCUAUCCUCGCUGGGCAAACAUCCCCCUCCGCUUGGGGACCGGCAGCUCAUGUCCUCCACACCUGACUCCUGAUCACUGUUAGCAGAGAGAUCUGGAUCGGAGCUUUUCAGGUUAUCUUGCGUAAGAAUCAGGGCCGAGUCUUCUUCAUCUCCCUGUGAUGGACUCCGGGAGGAGAAGGAUUUCAGAUUGCCUGUGUAAUCCUGGGGAGUGUUGGCGAUGCUGUCAUUGGAAGUAGAAUGUCCAAAGUCGUUGCUUCCAUUUCGUUGUUUUUGCUUUAUCUCACCAUUAUUCAACGGCCCGCUUGUAAGCUUGGCCAAUCUCUACAAGACAAGAAACAGUUCAUUCCUCGUUUUUCUAUCUUUCAAAACAUAUAUAUCCCGCUCUUCAGCAAGAAAAACUCCCAGAAUUACUCACAUAUCGAUAAAAAUGACACAGUUCCUGCCCUGGCACCUCACAAAAGGAAAAGGGGACAGCAAGGGAAGAGGAAAUAUACAUCCCAUAUUAACAUCAUUAUUAUUUUGUAUUAUGCUUACUAUUUCUCAAGGGCUAUCAAGGCCUUAAAAUAAAGGAAACAAAACAGCAACCAGUCUAUUUCCAUCUUAACUGGUCAAAAAGGAUGGGAAGGGGAAGAGUAAAGCAAGCAAACUCAGGCAUGAAAUUAUUGGUGUUACAAGGCUAUUAUAAACAUCAAAAAUUUGGUGCCUGAGGUUGAUUAUUUUCUUCUCUCCCCAUCCCUUUAUCCUUUUGUGUCACAUCUGUUGCUUUUCUUGAUCUAAGUCACUCUAGGAGCCUUUGUGCAUAGGGGUGAGUAUAAAUGCUUUGAACAAAAAAACUAAAUACGGAGAACAACAUGAAAUAUAAUGGAUUGGAUUGAGAGAGAAUGGCCAAGUGAAAUUACAGUGGAGCAAGUUUCCACCCUGGAGACUUAGGAUACUGACUCGCACCAUUCCCGCCCCACCCCCAGGCAAAACGUCUUUUCUUUUCUUAGCCUGAGAAAAUGUGUUUUGAUAAGGUCCAAUUUUUGGAGGGUUCUCUUUCAUCUUUGGAAGAUCAUUCCUGACCCAAGUCUUCAUUUUUUAUUUUGACAUAAAUGUUUGGUACCAAGCUACUAAGAGGACUGUCUAAGCCCAACUGAACUAGCCAGGGAUUUGAGAUCAGCUACAGAGGUCCCAUUAGUGCAGUCUCCAUAAAAUAAGCGAAGGCUGGUGUAUACAAAAGACAGUGCCUUUUCUGCAAUGGCCCCAUGUCUAUGGAACACUCUCCCUCAAGAUCAGCUCUCUCCUUAGUAGUAUUUAGGUGGACUCCAGAAACAAAUUUUAAUGAGAGAGUUUAACAGGCAGUAGUCUUACUGCUGGCUGCAAUAUAUUGAUCUGAAAUGUUUUUACUGCUCCUAUUACACCUCUGAUUAUGCUGUUUAUAUUUUAUACAGUUUGGAAUUGUUUUACAUGUUAUAAGUCACCACGGGGGAAAUGUUUCAUAUUAAAUGGCAGCUAAUAACUACAAUUUUAUGGGGGGACAGGAGAGAGAGGAUGGGAAAUCAUAAUAAAAACAAGACC